UUCAUGACAAUCCAUCAAAGGUUAUUGAGUAACAGUGCUAAACCACAUGUGAUCACAUGUGCGCUCAUUCAAGAAUAUAGACGCUACCAUAAACAUAAUGCAAUAUAACGGCAAUGAAAACAUAAUGUUGAAUUAGAGCAAGCCUGCCAUGUAUAUUACGCGGGAAACGACAUGCGGGCGGGGUGAUGUACAUAUGUAACUCAGCCUGUAGGUCGACGUCGUUCGCCAUAUUUGGCAUUUCUCGCACGAGUGGACAGAUUACGAUGUCAAAGGUCUAUAUAGGUCGGCAAACAAAGCUUGCUACGUCCUAUCGGUCGGAACCACUGGGUCUAUAUAAUGCGGCCACACUGGGGCGUUUGCUUGAGGCGGUCUCACCAUUUGCCAGGGGAAGCUGUAGUUUUCUGUUAGGAACGUCAACAGCUUUCUUCAACUCGUCACCCCGGCGUGAAACCGGACCACUCUACAACUUCCAAAUCAUACUGUGUACAACACUGUGUCUGAUCCCUCAGAAGCAGCAGGACGAUGUGGUUGAUGACGAUAAUUGUGGGGUUAGUGACCCUGGUUUUGGUCACGUGGUUGAGGGACUAUGUCAGACGCUGGCGGAUGCCUCCUGGACCAUUCUUCUGGCCAAUCAUCGGAAACCUUACCUUGUUUGGCGGUCAAUUCUACCUCACCUUCAUCGAGCUCGCUAAGAAAUACGGAGACGUGUUUAGCCUGAAGCAGGGCAUGACGGACGUGGUUGUGCUGAACAGUCUGGAUGCUGUCAGGGAGGCUUUCGUUAAGAAGGGUGCGGAGUUCGCAGGCAGGCCGACCAUGUUGUCAGGGGACAUCUUUACUGAAGGUGGGAAGGACAUAGCCUUCACCGACUACAGUCCCACAUGGAAACUACACCGGAAACUGUUUCACACCGCCAUCAGGGGUUACGCAUUAGGAGAUAACCUGCAAAGUAAAGUCCACGAGUCUUUAGAGGAGACCAUCGCAGAGUUCUCGAAGAUGGAGGGUCAAGCAGUGAACAUUGAAGACCACAUUUACAAGCUGGUCUACAACGUCAUUUGUUCCGCAGCCUUCGGCAUAAGGUAUGAUAUGGACGACAAGGAUUUCAACACUCUGAUAAAAGUAAGCAAGGACGGAGCCGAAGUAUUCGCACAGGGUCUUCUGGCUGACGUCUAUCCUUCACUUGGGUUCCUGCCUACCCCGGGCAAAGCUGCCGUCGAAAAAAUGACCAGAUCUUUCCUGGACAUCAUGCAGCAUCACCUGGACCAGCACCGGGAAACAUUUGACCCAAGCAACCUCCGUGACAUCACCGAUCACAUGAUCAAGGCUCAGAAGGACGCUGAGGAGGAGGGGAUCCAGGACAUCAACUCUCUCACAGACACUCACCUCAGGCAGACCAUCUCAGACAUCUUCGGGGGGGGUACAGACACGACGAUUUUGACCCUCCGCUGGGCCGUCCUGUUCCUCGCUGCCCACCCGGAGAUACAGGAGAAGGUGGCUGCUGAGUUAGACAGUGUGGUGGGCCGUGACAGGCUGCCUGAGCUGUCCGACCGCGAGGCUACUCCGUACACGGAGGCAACCAUCCAUGAGGUGAUGAGGAUGGGAACCAUCGCUCCUUUAGCUUUGCCACAUACUACAACUGUGGACACUACGCUGAGAGGUUACCGGAUUCCCAAGGGCACGUGGAUCAUGCCUAACCUGUGGGCCCUGCACUACGACCCGGACACGUGGGGAGAUCCUGACGUCUUCCGCCCGGAACGCUUCUUGGAUGAGAGUGGGAAACCGAUACCCAAACCCCCGGCUCUAAUGCCCUUCGGUGCCGGUCGCCGUGCUUGUCCAGGGGAAGCUGUGGGGAAAGCAGACACCUUCCUCCUGCUGGGGGGACUGGUCCAGAACUUCCGCUUCACCAUCCCGGAGGGGGAGGGGCCUCCUGACCUCGCCCCUGAUAAGAAGGGCGGAGGCGUCCAAAACACCCCCUAUCCAUAUAAGGUGGUGAUGACCUGCCGGAAGUGAAUUUGGUGACCUGCAGGAAGUGUAUCAUGAAGUCUUGCGCAUGUCUGCGUUUUUGUUUUCUUUUGCUCAUUCAGUAUC